CGGGCUGACGUUUAUUGCCAUUUUAUUAACGGUAAUUAAGCCGGAAAGUCAAGUAUUCGUUAUAGAACGGAGAAUCCCCGAAAUUAAGUGGAAACUUUUUGGGAUGAAAAUUAAAACGUUCGCGCCCGUUUACACGCGAGGAGGCGCGAGGUCUACAACGAGGAGACCCGCGCUCUGUAAUCGCGCAGGCUCGGCUGAAAUUUCCGCCAAGGGAAAGUCGGCUGGACGUGUUCGUCAAAGAAUACGCUCCUGCUACUGAUUUCCACCUUUUCUGGGCCACCCUGCGGAGGAAUAUCGAGACGGUGGAAGUCUCUGUUGGCGAUCCGCAUACCACAACCGCGCCGGAUGAUCGUACGGCGAGCGUGCGGUACGUAAAACGCGACUGCGAUCGAUUAUUCGUGACAUAAACGACAACGGCGAGAAUUAAUAGUCCACUUCCUCGAAGCGCGCUGCUCUGUAAUAAGAUGACGGCACAAGAUGACUGCUUGGCAACUAUUCCUUUGCGCCCGUAAUCUGAAGAGCGGAGCGAGCUCCACUUAACGUGUUCCUGAAUGAAAGUCCGUCGACGGAGAAGAAGAAGAAGAAGAAGAAGGAAGCAGCCAGCGUAUCGCGUCUGUUAUCCUAUUUACCUGUAGAAUCUCGGACCAGAUUCCGGAUGCGGAGGAUGCAGCCGGUGAAAGUGAGUCCAGGGACGUACGCCGGCCCGUUGUCGUCAACGGAUUCGAUCCGCUCCGAGGAGAGAAAAAUCAGCGACGCGGCGCUUUUUGAUCUUGCGAGAAAGAGAGGACACGCACAUGAUGGAGAGGACGUGGCGGAAUAUACGGAAGACGGCCUUUCUCUUAUCGCUGCCCUUACUAUUGGCCGGUGUGCGAAGUGAAGCGCCGUUGGUAGAUAGCAGCGCGUUGCCUCUGGAGCACAGAUCUGUCUACGGUGCCCCGGCUCAGUAUGGCCCGCCGAUCGCCCACGAGGAAAAUUGGCCGCUGGCGUCGCCCGACACCCCGCAGAUCAAGCAUCUGCAGGUGCAGUGCGAGAAGACGCACAUGCGGGUGAACAUCGAGUUCGAUCGGCCGUUCUACGGUAUGAUCUUCAGCAAGGGCUUCUACUCGGAUCCGCACUGCGUCCACUUGAAACCCGGCACCGGCCACCUGAGCGCGACCUUCGAGAUCUUCCUCAACUCGUGCGGCAUGAGCUCGUCGGCGAACCACAACGUGGCCGCCUACGGCGCCCCGACGCCGUCCGGCAGCUACGUGGAGAACACGAUCAUCGUGCAGUACGAUCCGUACGUGCAGGAGGUGUGGGACCAGGCGAGGAAGCUGCGCUGCACUUGGUACGACUUCUACGAGAAGGCCGUCACCUUCAGGCCGUUCCAGGUCGACAUGCUACACGCCGUCACCGCCAACUUCCUCGGCGACAACCUGCAGUGUUGGAUGCAGAUACAGGUCGGCAAGGGGCCGUGGGCCAGCGAGGUGUCCGGCAUCGUCAAGAUCGGUCAGACCAUGACGAUGGUACUCGCUAUCAAGGACGACGAGAACAAGUUCGACAUGCUUGUGAGAAACUGCGUCGCUCACGAUGGUAAGAGGGCGCCGAUUCAGUUGGUCGAUCAGUAUGGUUGCGUGGUCAGGCCGAAGAUCAUGUCCAGGUUCCAGAAGAUUAAGAACUUCGGCCCGAGCGCGUCCGUCGUUAGCUUCGCCUACUUCCAGGCCUUCAAAUUCCCCGACAGCAUGAACGUCCACUUCCAGUGCGUGAUUCAAGUCUGCCGGUACAAUUGCCCCGAGCCCAAGUGUGGACAUCCUGGUCUCGAGUACGGCGCACCUGCCGGCGGCAUUUCUCACGAAUAUGGCGCACCGGUCUCGCAAGGUCUUUCUUCGGAGUACGGUGCCCCGCCUGUGCCCGAAUACGGCGUACCGCCGGCUUAUCCCGAUCCGCGACAUCCCAGCGGACCGGCCGGAGCGUACAGCGAGCCGAAUCCGGACGUGGUUCCGGCACCGCAGGCGCAGACCUCGUCCUCUUCGCCCAGCUCGACGCCGGGUGACGCUACGGCGAGCAGCUCACCCCAAAGUCCCCAGGAUAAUAUCCACCUCCCUCCGCCUCCUCUGCCCGGCCAUCCGGCGGCGUACCAGACUGUGAAGCGAAAAGGAACCGCCGGCACAGAGGAGCUCGAAGGAGGUAACCUAGCCAUCCUCGGAGGUCGACCGAGGUCGGUUGAAGGUUUCCCGGCUGAGCUCAGAGGCGCUAGGAGGCGAAGGCACGACGAGCCGCAUGACCUCGAAGAUGACGAUAGCAAUAUCUAUCACACGGUGACCCUGUUCUCCACCCACGUGUACAAACGAGCGGCGCAGGAGAUGACGGACGUGAACACCUCGAGGGUCAUCCAGGUGGUAGCGCCGGGCGACGUCAACUUCGCGCUGGGCACGACGAACUCCAGCAACGACACCACCGUGGUCAUACAGAACUCGAGCGCGUCCACCGACCCGGAGACGAUCUGCAUGAGCCUGCCGGGUUUCGUGGGCGGCCUGGUGAUGCUGCUGCUGGUCGUCGUGGUGGCAUCCCUCGUCGCGGCCUUCCUCUUCGUCAGGGUGCGCGCCGUGGACCGCAAGAACGCCGCGAUAGGCGGGAGCAGCUUCGUUCAUCCGGUGUACGCGACCGAGAACUGCAGCGUGCCGAAUCCGGAGUUCGUGAAAGUCGCCAACUGAAGAGGCGUGUACGGUGCGCAAAAUCAAAAAAAAAAAAUAAUAAUAAUAAACUUCGCCGCAGGAGAGAAGGAAGAGAUCCCCCCCCUUUCGGAGGAUCGUCGACCUCGACGACGACGACGGGCAAUGCUUCGGGACCGGCUAUUUUCAUAUCCGAAACUCAAGACACGUCACCACACGUCGGAGAUUCUCCUCGUCGAAAGUUGCAACCGCGUUUCUCUCCUCUCUCUCUCUCCUCUUCCGUCGAAGGUAGCCGGUAGCUUCGCGUCUAGUCGCGUUAAUCCGCGCUCGUCGAAUCGGGAGGGAACGACUCGAAAUCGAUAUUGAGAGGGCGUGCAGUUCGAUUGAACGAGGGGGAACUUCGAGUAGAGAGCGUGUAAGUAUAGAAGAGGCCCCGGAAGCACGAUUUGACGAGGAAGUAGCGGAACGGAGGGGAGAGGAAAGGUAAACGGGAAAAGAGAGGAGCCACCUGACGCGUGUUCUACCGAUCGUUUCGCGGUUGGGAUCAGGUUUUUCUAUACCAAUCAUCGCGAUCGUUGGAGCGCGCGCGCGCCACCAUGAAUACCGAAUGAUUUAUCGCGAGUCGAUCUCCGUUGACGCUUCGUGAUCACCGCGGCGUCACCGCGUAGCAAUCAACGUAAUUUCCACGUCUCGACGAUUACUCGACGGUCUUGCCCGAUGGCAGCUCGGUAUCAGGGAGCGAGAGAUCGAUCGCGCAAUCGCCAGAAGUAGUCUCUAAGGAGGGCAUUGUAAAUAAGCCGCGCGGAUAGUCAAGACGGCCCUUCAGGACCCGCUUUCAGGUCUCGCGUCUCUCCGAUCACCGUGUGUGUGUUACGCGCUAUUAUUUAUACCACGCAUCGUAUACUUC